GGAACUUCCCAUCAGUCAUCGUGCUGGGGAGGUGGAGAUUGGCUAAGGAAGUGUUUAUAGAGCAAAGGCAGAUAUAUCCUAAUGGCAUAAACUGUUUCACCUAAAAUCCUGAUGGCUGUAGCGGAGUAUGAUGCAGCGCAUGACCGCAUGGAUGAAUUUGCUGUGCCUCGAGGAUCGGAAAAAGAGCUUCGGGACCAACAUCCUCAUGUCGAGAGAAUAUUUGGAGUCACAAUGAACAUCUCAGUUCUUAGUGAAGAUCCCUUAUCCCUGCAAUCAGCUGGACAGCAGCAGAUGUGGGUUCAGCUUCAAGGCGACAAAAGAAACAUAAUAAAGGCCAAGGAUUAUAUUAAAGGAUUAUGCACCCCAGAGUUAAUUGAAGAUUUGGGCUACCAACGAGAAAUGCAUUGUAUUUUUGUAGGGGCAAGAGGUCUUUUCCUUGACUGUUUAAUUCGAGCCACUUCAGCGUGUGUGAAACCACAAACUCCUGGUCGUAUCAGAAUCUCUGGCCUGGUAGAACAAGUGGUAAUGGCCCAAAGUCGGAUUCAUAUUUUCCUAGAUGAAAAUACAUCUAAAAUAGUUGACCAAGAAGUUUCCAUAAAAAGGAAUUUUAAAGAUUUGGUGGAGAAGCAUAAUGACCAGCAUUCCCUGGACCUUCUAAUACUCCCAACUUCCAUAAAGGAACAGAUAUUAUUGCUAGUGGAAGAGGACAAAGAUCUAAGAGUAAAACAGCCAAUAACCCAUGAGAGGAUACCUAUACAAACUUUAGACACAACAAUGACCAAACAGCCCUUCUUUACUGCACCUGUAAAGUUCCAAGAUCCAGACUUUACGAGUGGAACAUCUCAACCAAUGCAUACAUCUAAAUUAAAGUCCACUAAUAGAAUUUUGUGCCAUAGGGCCUCUGAGCCACGUGUACUGACGACUGAUAGCACAUGGGAUAACAGCAGACAGCCAGUGCAGCCAAGUAACUACAAGAGAGCUACUGUGGAGGUAAACAAGGCCUACAUCUGUAGUCAACACGAAGAGAAGCCUACAGUGAGUAAAAAAGUGGAACUAUUAGAUGAUGAAUAUGAAGAUGAUGAGUUCAAGCAGAUUUCCGGAUUACUUGAUACCAUAAUGGGAAGGGAUGAGAGAGAACCAGGCUCCCAAGCACACUUUUCUUUGGGUACUCAAAAAGAAUUUAACAUGCUUUUAGACUUUUUUAAGACAAUGGGUUAUCAUGAAUCUGUUGUUCUUAAAGUCCUGCAUGAAAAUGGGAUCCAGGAACCAUCUGAGAUACUUGACAAAGUUAACAUGGAGCAAUCUAGCCAUGAUCAGCUUAUGAGUAAAAAUCCCAGGCCUUCAACGUUAAAAGGAAUAUCACAAACCCUUUCCAACAAUGAUGAUGAUCAUCAUGAUGAAUUUGUUCUAGAAGUGAUGAAGUCUGCUGCCAAGAAUUGUGGCUAUUCACCCAGUGAAAUUGUAGACAUUGGGGAUGGUUCUGUGACUGGACUGCUUAGGAAAUUAAAUGAAAAAAACAAUUCUGAGGAUUUACUGACUUCUAAAGCUCAAGGAAAAGGCCAACAGCAACAGGACUUAUGGGUUCAGCAGAAUGCUGCCGCACAACCUGAACCAAACAUUUCACACCCUGUAGAUGUGCAUUUCAGUGCUGGAAAACGCACAACAUUGAACAGUAACUUUCCAGAGGAGGAUAUGUUCAAUGGUGGCGCUCAACAGGAACCUGUGAAUAUGGAGGAAAUGAUAAAGAGGGAUGCUAAAGAAGAACGCAAUGUUCCUGUUGUGACAGGAGUCCAAAGAUUCAAUGAAGUUAUGCAGACGCCAUUUAAGCUAAAUUUAAGAGAUGAAAAAGGAAAUGACCAUCUGCGGCAUAUUAUUAUAGAUGGCAGUAAUGUGGCUAAGAUACAUGGUCUUCACCGUUUUUUCUCCUGUCGUGGCAUUGCACUGGCUGUACAGUAUUUCUGGGACAGAGGACAUCGAGACAUCACUGUUUUUGUUCCCCAGUGGAGGAUGAAGAAGGAUAGCAAAGCUAAAGAGCAGCACUUCCUGAUUGAGCUGAAUGAUCUUGGGCUUUUGUCAUUUACCCCUUCAAGAACAGUCGAAGGCAAAAGAAUUACAUCUUAUGAUGACAGGUUUAUGCUUCAACUGGCAGAAAGGACUGAUGGCGUAAUAGUCACAAAUGAUUAUCUACGGGAUUUAUCUGCAGAAUCUCAGGCUUGGCAGAAUAUUAUAAAGGACAGGUUGCUGCAGUUUACAUUUGCUGGAGACAUCUUUAUGGUUCCUGAUGACCCUCUAGGGAGAAAUGGACCACCUUUGGACAAGUUCCUUACAAAGAGUUCUUUGCCAAAGGCCAAAUCUAAAGGUCAUUCAUUUGCUGGACGAAGAGCUGUCCAUGCUCAACCCAAACCAUCUUCUCAAACAGAAGUCCUCAACCUUCGAGAUAGAAAACCAGCUGGAUAUAAGGAGAAAGAAGAUAAAAGUAUUCGUUCCCACAUAGACACUGAGCGGCUCAGAAGUGAUCUUUUAAAUAUAUUUCCUUUUCAGGACACGAAAGUGGAUUUUAUACUCCAAAAGGAGCCGUGUCUUAAUGAUAUCAACAAGCUCUCAGAACUCUUAAUAAAUCUCAAGUUCUAAACUACAAGCAAAGAAGAGUCACUGGAAUAUUCUCUAGACACAGAAAUAAACAGGCAUAAGUCUUGAAUGGAAGCCGCUGAGAAGGACUGGCCUGAACUAUUUAUUGAUCUUUAAAAGAUCUUUCACUCUGAUAUUCAGUACAUAGAAUGUAAUGGACUGAGAAUACCUCCAAAAGAGACCAACACUUUUAGGAAAGAAUUUCCUAUUAUGUGAAAAGAGAAAAGAAUAAAAAUAAAUGUACAAGUAAUAAUAGAUGUUUCCAGAAGUCUAAGAAAUAAUAAAUUGGAAUAGUUAACAUCUGGA